AGGGCCUGACCAUAGCAACUGGAAUAACUGUGCCCUGGUGCCAGCCAGUACAUAGGUAGGAACUUUGUAAAGCUGAGAAGAACAUGAGGUAUCAUUCUCUCCCAGAAUGUAUAUGAUGAUCAAAACACAGUGCUGGCACCACUGUGCUCAUAAUGUAUUGGACCUAUUUGGAGUCCUGGCAACUCUGUCUUAUUUUGAGGAGGAAAUCCUAAAGCAUCCUGUAGUCUGGUUUGACUCGAGCUAGUUUGUGUCACGGUUACACAGCAUGAUUUUCAUUUUUUUCUACCAGCUAGAACUGGGAACAAAUCGUAGAGAGGUAGGGAUCAGAGAUCUGUAGAGUCACCAAGUCUGUCCCCAGCUCUGGAGCAAGAUCAUCUCAAAGGCCUGCAAUAAUGCAGACUCUGAAAUCUAUUCCUGUACUUGAAACCCAAAUGCACACAGAAACCAAGCAAAAUAAUCCUAACCUGGUGUGUUUCUUGCUUAAUUCAAAUGCCUUUGUGAUGGACAGAGCAGGAAGAACAUUUUGUUUUCUUUCUCUUUGCGUUCUUGGGAGGUGUUGUUUUGCUCCCUCAGUUUUCACAUCUGUAAGACAGAUCAUCUUCUUGAUGCUCUCUGGGCUCCAGCUAAUUCAGUAUCUGCCUUCAGCUGGGGUGCCAUGGGUUGAGCACAGUGCUCCCAGUGAGGCCAGAUAGAUGCUGAGAAUUUCUGUCCUGCAGAUGCAGCAUGUUUGUACAGCUCAGUCUCAUUGCAGCAGCACGACUGCGUUGAUUUCCUCAGCCUGUAAUUCGGUGUAACUCUUUUUCUCUCAAUAUUAGUGAUCUGGAGUCCCUCUAUAGGUAUUCUUGAUUACAUCUAACUGUAUAAUGGACCACCUACAAAGAAUAAAGUAAUUCUCCCUUUUUUUGGCUGGUUUUCUAUAACUGGUAAACGUCUUAAAAUAAAAAUGCAGCUUGACAAGCAUACUGUCUUUAGACAUUUGAGCCAUUCAAAUAAGAAUAAUGUUUUACUCUAUGGGAUUGACUGCUUUUGGUUUUUUUAGGUAGUGAGUAUUUAAUCUUUAUAUUUGUCUAGUGUGCAGUUUUCCUAUUAUCCUAAAGCAGUUUCACCUGGGCCACAAGCGAUGGUCAUUUCAACAUCAGUUGAUAAAAUAUUUUUCGUGUGAUUUGUUACCUAAGUUGGUUUUGAUCUGCUCACAGACAGUAAAUGAUAAACAGCAACCUGGAGUGAUUUUUGCAUUGUGUGGUAGACUCACCAGACAUUAAGCUGUGUUUGGUUCACAGCUAUCAGGGAAUGCGGGGUGAACAGAAAGGGGAGGAAAACAGCCUCAUCAGAGACAGUGCAAUCCUGUGAUUUAUGCAGGGCACCUUGCCCAGCACUGGACUGCUAGAAGAUAUUUUUCCCUGCAGCAUUCGAGCGUGACUUUAGAUCUACCUGGUUUUAACCUACUACAAGGAAAAGAAGCUUUUUAACCACUAAUCGUAUGUCCCUUUCCACAUGUGUAAUUUCUGUCUUGAUACUGGGGGGGAGGGAAAAAAAACCAAACCAAACGAAAAAAGGCUGAGUAUUAGUUAUCUAAGGCUUCUUGUUUAGUUGCCUUGUGCUCUGAGGGUAGUGCUUGAGUAAUAGUUGCAAGCAGGGCUGGUGGGCAGGAGGGAAUAGAUCUGAAGCUGCUUUCAGGCUAUUCAGAACAAGAGAAGCUCACUGAUAAACUGCAGCUUUCUACAAAAUUUAUUCUUGUGUGUGCAGGGAGAGCUUUAGGUACUUUAUAAGCAGCUCCUUCUCUGUGAGUUUUUGCUGCUUUUCCUUAGUGAGCUCCAAGGUUUUUUGAGAGGUGCAUUGGGGAGAUUUUACACCUCCAGACUCCUGUUUGGCUGCAGGCAGUUUCCUCUGGGCUUCCUGCUCAGUGGCUCUGGUGGUGGUUUCGCAUUGUUCCCCACUGAUGACUCAGAGAAACAGGAAAGAGAUCCCUGGUGAACAAAAAGCACAACCACCAAACAGGUGCCUGUAUUCUGGUGCUGCAGAGGACAAACCACCUCAUUCUGGACUUUUUCCUAAGAUUCUUAUCUGCAAGUAUGAGACUCAGGAGGAAUGGGUCAUACACGCUGAAUGGGAAGUCCAAGGGAAAGCCAAAUGGUAAAAAGCCAGCACCGGAAGAGAAGAAACUUUACCUAGAGCCAGAAUACACAAAAUCCAGAAUUACUGACUUCGAAUUUAAGGAGCUAGUGAUGUUACCACGGGAAAUAGACCUCAAUGAGUGGCUUGCCAGCAACACAACAACUUUCUUUCAUCACAUCAACUUACAGUAUAGUACAAUCUCAGAGUUCUGUACAGGAGAGUCAUGUCAGACCAUGGCAGUGUGCAAUACACAGUACUACUGGUAUGAUGAGCGGGGAAAGAAGAUCAAGUGCACUGCUCCUCAGUACGUUGACUUCGUCAUGAGCUCGGUGCAGAAACUAGUGACAGAUGAGGAUGUCUUUCCAACAAAAUAUGGCAAGGAAUUCCCAAACUCCUUUGAGUCCCUAGUGAAGAAGAUCUGCAAAUACCUGUUCCAUGUGCUGGCCCAUAUCUACUCCUCACACUUUAAGGAGACUUUGGCACUGGAGCUGCACGGACAUUUAAACACACUCUACACACACUUUAUCCUAUUCAUCAGGGAGUUCAACCUCGUGGACCCUAAAGAGACCACCAUCAUGGAUGACCUCACGGAGGUCCUCUGCAGCAGCAGCAGCAGCGGGAGCAGCAGUAACGGCAGCGGCAACGGCAGCAGCAACAGCGCAGGAGCACAGAACCACGUGAAGGAGAGAUGAGCCCUCCUGCUGGACCCACACUAACAUGACAAACGAUAGAACCUAUUGUGUGUGUGUGUAUGUAUAUGUUCAGAUAUACAUACGGGCAUAUGCAGCCAUGAAAGCUGACCGCAGAGAUGCUGCCCCGCAGGACGCGCCGUCGUACGGGGCUGUUCGGAGCUUUGGGUUCAUGCGCCAGCCGCCGAGAAGUUGCACCAGUUUUAUUUUAUUUUCUGUCCACUCCUCCUUUUACCUAUUCAGAUGGAUGACGAGUGCUGUUUUUAGAGAAGAGCCAAGCUUGAGAGUGGGGUCACUCUUGGUUAUUUUGGUUGUUUUUUAAUUUUUUUUUUGGUGGUUUUUUUUUUUUUCUCCUUUUGUUUGGUUGGUUGAUUUUUCUGAUUUUCUUUCUUUGGUCUUGAGUGCAAGCCCUUUGGUCUUUCUAGGAUGGUGGUCCUGCCAUUUAAAAAGUAUCUAUUAUAUUAUAAGAAGUAACUUUUACUUUGAAGUGGCUUAAAAUGCAGGUUUGUUCGGGGGUGUUUUUUUGGGGGGUGGUUUUUGGUUUGGUUUUACAUAGACUGCCCCUUACCCUGCCAAAAGCUCCCCCACUGAGUGCAUCUUGCCCUUUUGUUAGCUUGGAAUGGGAAGAAACUCCUGGUUUAACUAGAGUAGCAGCUAGUGGCUUGCUACAUGUUGAAAGUGGGGCAAGAUUCUCCAGUUGUCCCAUCUAGUCGGUCACAAGGUGUGAACGUGCAAGAGGAUCCACAAACCUUUCUGCUUAUUGCUCCUACAACAUAUAUACUCUUUUCUCUGCUCCCCUGCCUCUUCUUUUCCCAGGCACACCUGCACAGGUAACAGGAGUAGGAUCACUGCAGUCCAGAACCAUGUGCAAGAGUCACCACCGUUUGCUUUCCCUUAACAGAGGCCCGGGGAGGGGAGGAGAAGGGUAAUACUGAGUCAGUCACCGCCUGUGCUAGAAAGAUGGCUGUUGGCAUAAAAUUAUAUUGUUGGCUUAUUUUAGUUCAUCUGUUCUAUAAUAAUAAAAACAAAUCUAUCAGCCACAA